AUGAAGAUUUUAAUAGUCUUUCCUUUUCUAAUACUUGGUUUGGUAUCUUCUGCCUAUAGCAGUAGUAUCCAAUACAGUGUUAUCUCUCUCAUCCCUAAAAAUCAAAACCUCGGCGUUAUUGUGGAUGAUCAAGUGUAUUAUUUAAGUAAUAGCAAUGAAGCGACACCUUUACUUCAUCGUGGUAAAGCUCCCAUAUCUAAUACAGGAUACAGGUAUACAAUUCUUUCUAGUCACCAAGUGUUAGACAUCGAGAACUUCACUCGACCUUGUCCUUCCAGCAACAUCCAAACAAAUGAUUAUUAUGGUCGAUCUUGGAACAGCUAUCACAACUUGACCAGAUUACCUACGCUCUUACCACCCCUCGAUAUCAUGGAUCGUAUUCAAUCGGAUUUGCAUAUAGAGAACGAGAUUCCUACUAUUCACUUAUACGGCAACCAAACCGAAAUUGAUUAUAUGCAUCAUCAUCAGCUUGAAAGAACGGUGCGUAUUGAAUUGCAUAUGGUUUAUAUCAGUUCAAAAGACAUUAAAGUAUUUAAGAACAUCACACUAUCGGUUUCUGGUAUGUCCACUCGUAAGACAGAUAAGCUCUCCUACAAAGUAAAGCUUGCCAAGACACAAGAUCUUUAUGGGUACCGUAGAAUAAAGCUAAAAGCAAUGGCUUUCGAUCUGUCCUACAUGAGAGACAGUUUGGGUUACACCAUUACUGAAUCCAUUGGAUUGCCUAGUUCAGGUCACAGUUAUGUUCGUGUUUACAUCAAUGACCGAGCCAUUGGACUCUUUGGUUUAACCGAACAUAUAAAGGGAGAUUGGGUCAAGAAUGUUUUUGGCCAUGGUUCUAAAGAUUACAAACACGGCGCUUUAUACACUGCAAAUAUCAGAACUGGUCAAGGAAACGCUACUACUGAAGAGCAGCCUUUUCAGGUUUUAAAAACUCAGCUGUCUAAAAUCCUCAAUAAAGUCAAUCAUGAAAACGCCACUUCUUCCUUGUCCUAUCUUGGAAGUGAUUUAAGCGCUUACAGUGCUGGAGAAUAUUCUGUGAGAGUCAAACCAUCGGAUGGAAACAAGGCCGACUUUACCUGUAUUAUGGACUUGACCAAAUUUAUUCAAAGCCAACCAACCACACCUGUGAAUAAUACCGUUGUGCCGCUUUGGACCCAUAAAAUGAAUGUAGAUAGUUUUCUACGUGGAUUAGCACUUGAAAUCGUGAUUUCAAAUUCGGACGGGUACUUUGGCAUGGCCAACAAUUUUAUACUCUUUCAGGAUACGCAGCACAAUCGCAUGGUUUUCAGUGAACAAGAUUUCGAUACAAUCAUGGGUAUCGGUGGAUAUAAUAUCAGCUUGGCGGUAGGUGAAGACUACACCCAAUUUCCGGGUUUCCAAACUCGUGCUCUCAUGCCUCGCUUAAUGCAAGUCCCAAGAUUUAAACAGCAGUUUGAAUUUUAUCUUGGGGAAUUUGUCAAAAAGCUUGUCAAUCCCCAUAUCUUGGGUCGUCGUAUCGACCAACUUUUUCAAAUGCUUUCGGAAGAUGUCGUUUGGGAUAAGUCUUUACCGCGUGUGAGACAGUUUUUGAGUCCGAUCGAUGCCGUGAAAUUGGAAAUAUAUAAUGUAUCGUCCAUGUCAGAAUUGCCACUUUCUUUAGGCGUUUAUGGCCCCACGGUUAAUAACAUUUCAAUGGCAUUGCAGGAUUGGUUGUCCUUGCGUAGCUCGAAUCCGUUAAAUAAAGUAUGA